AGAACCAAAAACAUUGAGGGGAGGACCUGUUGAUCCAACAAAGCUGGUGGUGGAUCUGGCUCCCAUGGAAAUUCGAACUUUUACGAUCAACUUCUUGUCCAAGCACUCGACUGCAGAAAAUUAAAGUUUGGGUUUUCUGCUUUCUGCAUUAGAGAAAAGAUGGAGAUUGAUCUUACACCAAGGUUGGCUAAGAAGGUUUAUGGAGGAGAUGGUGGUUCCUACUCUGCCUGGUCCCCGUCACAGCUUCCCAUGCUCCGUGAAGGUGACAUCGGAGCUGCCAAGCUCUCUCUGGAGAAGGAUGGCUUCGCUGUCCCCAGUUACUCUGACUCUGCUAGAGUUGCUUAUGUCUUUCAAGGCAAUGGAGUAGUCGGAAUUGUUCUGCCGGAGAAGGAAGAGAAGGUUCUUCCAGUGAAGAAGGGUGAUGCUAUUGCCCUCCCUUUUGGAGUUAUCACUUGGUGGUACAACAAGGACGACACUGAGUUUGUGGUUCUUUUCUUGGGUGACACCAAAACAGCUCACAAGAGGGGAGAGUUCACUGACUUCUAUCUCAAUGGCUCCAAUGGAAUUUUCACUGGCUUCUCAACUGAGUUUGUUGGUCGUGCAUGGGAUUUGGAGGAGAAUGUUGUGAAGACUCUUGUUGGCAACCAAACCGGCAAGGGCAUUGUUAAGUUGGGGGCUGCUAAUAUGCCUGAGCCAAACAAGGAACACAGAGAUGGGAUGACAUUGAACUGUGAAGAAGCUCCUCUCGAUGUUGAUAUUGAGGGUGGUGGACGAGUUGUUGUCUUGAAUACUAAGAACCUUCCUCUGGUGGGUGAGGUCGGACUCGGUGCUGAUUUGGUUAGGCUGGAUGGAAGUGCAAUGUGCUCGCCUGGAUUUUCUUGCGACUCUGCAUUGCAGGUAACCUAUAUUGUUAGGGGUAGUGGCCGCGUCCAAGUUGUAGGCGUUGAUGGGAAGAGGGUUCUAGAAACUACUGUUACAGCUGGUAACUUGUUCAUCGUUCCUCGAUUCUUUGUGGUUUCAAAGAUUGCUGAUCCGGAAGGCUUGGAGUGGUUCUCGAUCAUCACCACCCCAAAUCCAAUAUUCACUCAUCUGGCCGGAAGCAUUGGUGCUUGGAAGGCAUUAUCUCCUCAGGUGCUUGAGGCUUCCUUUAACGUCGAUUCAGCUACUGAGAAGCUCUUCCGAUCCAAGAGAACCUCUGAUGCAAUUUUCUUCCCUCCCCCCAAGUGA